AUGCUCGCACUCUCCAAGGUGCGCUCGCUCUCUACACUCCCGGACUCUCGUGCUACAGUUCCUCUCCCAUCACGCCAGCGCGUCCCCUCUUCCCACUGUUGCCCCUUCUCCCCAUCCCCUGUCGCAUAUGGCACUGUGUGCGCACGAGCAGAGGCAGGCGCGGAGGCAGCAGGGGCGUUAGGGGCGCAGGGGGAAGGGAUGGAGGUGGACGGCGGAGAGGCAGGGGAGGGGGAAGGCGGGGCAGCAGCAGAAGAAACAGCAGAGGCAGCAGCAGAGGAAGCGGAGGAGGCAGCAGAGGCAGCAGAGGGGGAGGGGGAGGUGGAGGGCGGGGAGGAGGAGGAGUUGAGGGAGGUGCCGGUGCAGUUCAGCAGCGCAGAGGAGUAUGUGGAUGUGUUUGAACGACUGCUGCUGGAGGAAUGCCGCGCGCAGAUCCUCCGAGGCGCCGAGGAGCAAGGACGCAUGGAGAGUCAUCUGGUGGUGGCGGUGCGCUGUGAGAGGGCCAACGAGUUCCACAUGGUGGGGGUGGCAUCCAAGGAGGCACUCGUGGCGGACUGUCAUGACAACGACCUGCUGCUGCUCUCCAAGGAAAAGCCAUGGGGAGGCAGCGCGCUUCCCAGCACAUACGCCAUCGCCAGCGUGGAGUCCCGUGACACCAAAACCUCCCUGCGCCUGCGACUGUGCCUCGAGGACCCCUGGCAGUGGACGGACGCAGGGGGGGCUCCCACCACCACCGCAGCAGCAACAGACGAGGACCAGGCCGGAGGAACAGGGGCAGGAGGGGAGGGCGCAGAAGCAAGGCCGGCCGAGGGGAAGGGGAAGGGGAGGAGGUGGGGGAUGCGGCAGCGGGCGCGAGCCAACCGGAUGCUGUCGUUCCUGAUGGGGGCGGCAGCAGCAGGGGGCAGUGCGUGCUGGGUGAGCAAGCUGUGCAACACGUCCACCAUCUCGCGCGAGUAUGCUGCUCUCCGCUCCGCCCCCUCGCUGCCCUACAUCCGCACUGUCCUCGCCUCCCACAUGCCUGGACAUGCACAGAACCAGGCAGGCACAGGAGAAGCAGCAGGAGCAGGAGGAGGAGGAGGAGGAGGAGGAGGAGGGAGAGGGAGGCACGGGGCAGGGGAAGCAGCAGCAGCAGUGGCGGGUACCGGAGGGGUUGAUGGAGCACCUGACAGCGAGUCACAACGAGUCGCAGCUGAGGGCCAUCAAGGGCGGGCUGUCGCGCCGCCCCCUGGUGCUCAUCCAGGGGCCGCCUGGCACAGGCAAGACGCAGGCCAUCCUGGGGUUAUUGAGUGUCGUGCUGCAUGGCCGGCCAGCACAUGA